CGGACGCGAGCCACUGUUGACAGCCCGCUGUAGGAGGAGCAUGCCCCGGUGCUGCACAUUGUCACGGCUGUGCUGCUUUACGACGGCCGCAGCGAUGAAGCCGUCUUUGAGAUGAUGCAGACCGAGGGCGCCUUUGCCCGCCUGCUCGACCUGGUCCAGGGCAACAAGGACGACAGCACGGGGCUGCAUCGUCUCCUGCUCGAGCUGCUCUGCGACAUGUCGAGAAUACAGCGUCUGUCCCUUGACGACCUCGCCACCGUCGACGACGCCUUUGUCAUCUACCUGUUCGAGCUUAUCGAAGAGCUGUCUAACGACGCCAACGACCCAUACCACUAUCCAACUAUCCGUGUCUUACUCAUUCUCAACGAGCAAUACAUGUGCUACGCCGUCUCUCCCGAAUCACACCCAACCCUGACCAACCGCAUCAUCAAGGUCCUUUCCAACCACGGCCCAGCUUAUCGUACAUUUGGCGAAAACCUCAUAUUGCUGUUGAAUCGUGAAUCCGCAUUGGGUCCUCAGCUGCUGAUUCUCAAGCUGCUAUACCUCCUCUUCACCACACCUCCUACCUUUGAAUAUUUCUACACAAACGACCUGCACGUCCUCGUUGACGUCAUCAUCCGCAAUCUUCUAGACCUUGACCCUGGUUCCGACGACGAGGAUCACUCCGAUGUGCCGAAAGAUGGCGGUGGCCAGCGCGCCCUUCGCCAUACAUACCUGCGUGUCUUGUGUCCACUGCUCAAAAAUACCCAAUUGGCCCAUGAAAACGCUCACUACAAGCGCGAAGAGCUGCGUAAACUCUUUUGCUUGCUCGUGAACAGAUCCUCGUUUCAUUUCUCCCCGGUUGACGAGACCGUUGUGCGCUUGGUAUCACGCUGUAGACAAGUUGCGUGGAUCAGAGACGAGUCGGACCAUGAGGAUCCAGUCAGCCCUCCAACAGAUGCUCAUGUGGCCAAGCGCUUGCUGGGUAUGAAUCUCGCCGAGGCGGGCGAGAGCAGUCUUAGUGUUUUGGACGUCAGCGCAAAAGUUGAGAAGGAAAAGCCUAUGGUGCCGGCCCCACGAAGGCGGAAGAGGCUGCAACAGCAACAAUCAAAGGAGACUGUCUUGUUGCGAGUCUCACCCAACAAUGCUCAGAAUGGCGAACGAAGCCCCUUUGAUGAUGAUAAUAAUGAAGAGUGAAGCCUGUCCAUACCUACAUACCUAAUUGUUCAUGCAGCCACUCUGAUAUUGCACUACCCCUUUGCAGUCCAAGCCGUUUUGUUGAAUAAAGGAGUGCUGAACUCUACGUCUUGUAGACCACAAGCGAUUAUCAUCUGUAGAAAAGUCAGGAUCAACGUGCCGUGUAACCCUGUAA